AACACCCUUCAUUUGAGAAGAAAAACAAAUCAAGCGUCUGGAAAUUCUUUAGCGGGCUAUUCUCAACAUCCACUCAACCAAACAAGAAGCCGUAUCCACCUGCCAACGUGAAAUUCAAUGCUCCGAGCUCGCAGGUCACCCCAGCACCAAAGCAGCGUAGUCAGACAAUCGCCUCACUUGGAGAGAAGGGAAAGCCGUUUGAAUUUCUGGACGAUGGGUAUGUGAAACCGGGCACAAGGGCUAAAAUAUAUCGCAAAUAUCUUCAAUCAAAAGAUAAAAAUUAAUUUCAUAAUUUCAUAUAAGUUACAUAUUUCCAGAUGCACAAUCUAAUAUGGUGAUGGGAAUUUCAUCAGGGUCAUAUCAUUAUUUUUAAAGUUAUUGUUUUUGUUAUCAUUAUCAUUAUAAUGAUUAUAAGUGGUAUUAUUGCUUGAUUUCCAAGUUUUUCU